ACACGGGGAGAGCGAGAGAGAGAGAGAGGGCGGGAGCCUCCUCUCAGCCCACACGCUCUCCCAACGCAACCUCGGGCUCAGUAAUGCUGGAUACGCCGCGAGACUGAGCUCCACGCGCUGUGACACCACCUCAACCAAGACACACGUCCACACCCGGUCAUCAUGGAGGAGGCCGACCUGCUGAAGGAGAGGCUCCAGGCGAUAACGGACAAAAGGAGGAUCCAGGAGGACAUCGCCAAGAAGAGGAGACAAAUCGAAGAGGAGAAAUUAAAACUCCAGUACAUAAAGAAAAAAGCCCUGAGGGAUCAGUGGCUGAUGGACGGCCUGAGUCAGCAGUCGGAGGAGGAGCAGGAGGCCAAGAGGCUGCAGGCUCGGGACGAGCAGCAGCAGACGGAUCAGCUGCAGAGCAACAUCCUCAGCAUAGAAAAGGAGGUCGAGGCCUUGGAAACGCAGGAGCUCAGCAUCUCGGCCAACGAGGAGGUGAUCCUGAAGCGGCUGAAGGAAGUGGAGAGGACGGCGGAGGACAUCAUCAAGAGAGCUACCUCGGUGGAUAGAGAGGCAGAUGGAAAAGAACUGAACAAAGGCUGCAGCACAACUGAGGAUCACAACUCCUUUUCCAUUACCAUGGAAACCGCUGAACAAUCAGAGCUGCUGAUGGACUGUGAAGUGGAGGUUGCAGUGGCUGAUUCACCUGUGCAGGGGGAAGAUUUCAAUGCAGAUGAUGAGCAAGUUUGUUUAGAGAACGACACCUCAGUUUCUCCAGGGAACAUACCAUGUACGUUAUUAACGGACCCACCAGCCGGGGCAACUGAAAUUGACAAGCCUGACAGCUCAGCGAGUACUGAUUGCACAGAAAUUCCUUUUCAGGAUCAAAAAGAGGUGUUGAUAAUAGAACCAGGGCAUGAAGAGCUGAACAGGAAUGAGUCAGUCACCUCAUCUGUGUCUGACACACUCUCUAGUGCUGACAGUGUUUAUGAGAAUGAAGCACAUUCAAAGAAGCAGGAGGUUCAACAACCUCCAGAGCAAGGACCAGGACAAGCACCCGAGCCAGAGCUGCUAGACCCUGAGACUGAUCCUGAACCAGAGCAAUACACAGGGCCAGAGCAAGAACCAGAGCAAUACCCUGAGCCCAAAGACGAUCUUGACCUAGUGCAAUAUUCUGGGCCAGAGCAGGACACAGACACAGAGUUAUACCCUGGACCAGAGCAGGACACUGAGAUCGAUUUUUAUCCUGGGCCAGAGCAAGACACUGAGCUAGAUUUAUAUCCUGGGCCAGAGCAAGACACCGAGAUAGAUUUUUAUCCUGGGCCAGAGCAAGACACUGAGCUAGAUUUAUAUCCAGGGUCAGAGCAGGACGCUGAGCUAGAUUUAUAUCCUGAGCCAGAGCAACAGGAUGAGCUAGAGUUAUAUCCUGAGCCAGAGCAACAGGAUGAGCUGGAGUUAUAUCACGAACAAGAGCCUAAGGUUGAUGAUAAUGACUUUAUUCCGGGCAAUUAUGAUUAUACAAAUCUUGCAAGAGAUACAGAGGAAGACCCAGAGGGCUCUGAAAUCCUAUUUGAGCCAGCCAUUACACAGGAAUCAGCAUUAGAGCAGCGUAUUAGGGAAGAGGUAAUGUCAAACGUGUCCAAUGAAUCCUGCCAUGACCUUGACCCUGAAGAAAUGGAUGAAUGCCUGAGGGUUGAAAUUGCAGCGGCCUCCUCAGAUAGUGAAACUGAUGAAAAGUGGAGGACGAUAUUCUCCUCUUCUAUAAAUAAAGAAGAUGAUGAUUCAUAUUUGGACAGCCUUCAACUGAGUGCCCAAGAGCUCUUUGUGCAGAAAGUUGAGGUGACAGACUAUGAAGAACAAGAACACAACUUUGAGGGGGUCUGUUUUGAAGUUCCACAAGUGGAAGAAGUUCUGGAACAACCAGAGGAUAUAAUGUACUUCCCCUCCCCUUCGCAAGAGGUUAAAUAUAAUCCUUUAGGCAACCAAAGCUUAGCCAAGAUCUCUGAAGACGAGAGUGAAAAUGGCAGAGACGCCAAUCAUAACCAGACCACCUACCAAGAGCAAAACAAUGCUGAGUCAAACAAGAAAUUGCCUAAAGACUUCUGUGUGAUACAAGAGACUAAGAGUGAGAAUGUCAGUACAGAACAUGUAGACUUUCAACUGGCUCGCAAACAGUGGCGUGAAAUGGAGGAGCAAAUGAAGAACAAGGUUAUCUUACCUACAACCAAGCCCAGCUUCCACGGCAGCCACAGCUUUAUGUACACUCCAGUUCGUAACAUUGAAAGGACUCACAAGAAAGCCCACGAGCUGGAGAACCUAAAUCUGGUCGGGGAUUACUCUCACACCCAAUUCAGUCCUUGCUCCGAGGAUUCUGGCUUGGACGACUCGAGUUACAGGUCGGCGUACGAAGACCCGGAGACGCCAGUGGAGAGAGAGAUUCGCCUCUCGAUGGAGAGGGAGGAAAACUUUAGGCGAGAGAGAGGCUUCUCCAGGAUGGGGAAGUCGACCGACUGCGCUCCAUCGAGGAGCAUGCCCAGAUCCAUAAGCACCCCCUUGACGCCAUCGUUCAUCAUCACCUCCUCGCCCACCAAGGAGCCUCUGAAACACGACGUGACGGCAAACAAUGUUAUCAUUCUCGACCCCAGCAAGGAUUUCGCCUCUGGCCCCAGACACGGCAAAGACAAUGGGGCGGGUCGGCCUGGCGAGUGGUGCUCGGAGGACAGCAGCUCCAACGUCAUCAUUCUAGAGACAUCCAACCUGAUUAUUCGCAGUGCCUCAGAGUUCUCCCUCAACAAAGCCUGUGAGCAGCCCCAGGAGAAAAUGUUCCUCAACAACCCCUUUUUCAAGCUGCGUUCAAGAAGCACAAUAUCACUGGUGGACGAGGAGAUCAAGUUGGUGAAGCAGAGGGAGGAGGAGAUGAAGAAGGAGAGGGCGACCCUGUACGGCAAAGACAGGCUGUCGAAUCACAUGGACACUUUGACGUUUGACAACUCAGUUGAUGUGCCAGUAAAGUGCAAGUCUUCUCCGUCAUCACCAAUGAAAACAGCCUACAGAAUGGAUCGCUCUGUGUUAUCCUGUGACCACAGAUUUCCAGAGGCCUACGCGGGUGGAAGACGCAAGAGUGCCAUGGCCCUGCGCUGGGAGGCAGGCGAGUUCACAAAAAACAACUGAAGAGCCACAACUCCACACAGCGUCAGUGUUAUUCUCAUUCAACUUAGAUACCGCGUUGCAAUUUGUUCGUUUCAUGUCGUGACAUUACCUAAACUCUCUGCUUCUGUGACGCUUUGGGCAAAAUUAGCAAGACAAUGUGAAUGUUGUAGGCACAUUAGUUUCGGACCAGGUACAAAGAAGACCGACACACAAGAAGAAGAUCGUUUGAUUCCGGCCAGACAGUGUGCUUUUCCAGACACGCAUACGUGUUGGGAUCCAUUCCUACAGCUCGACAAUGGGCGUAAAAUGAGACAAUCCUGUCCGGUCAGCACCAGUAUUAAAACUAAUGCACUGUUACUGUAACCUUACUGUAUGUGUCAUGCAAUAAUAAUAAUUAGAUGUGUACAUGUGGAAUCCAAAAUCAAGAAAAAAAAGAAAAACUGUCAGGUCACAGAAUUUGACUAUGUCUUGUGAGGACUAUAGGAGGAGAUAUAAGCUUUACCUCACAAAGUUCUCACAAUGACACAUUCAAAACCUGCAAAUAAGUGAUACAGCAAUUCAGUGUGCUCAUCCCGAUGGCUCCUUCUCAGACUCACAGCUCAACUCAUUAUUGGCAGAAGUAAAUUAAAGUGCUGUUACCUUAAAGGAUGAGGACACAUUUACCGUGUAUUCAUGCAAGUUUGUGGCUGUGACCUCAUCCCAGAUGUAAUUUAGAAACUGCACAAAUGAUAAACAUCCUGAACUCUAAAAAGUGGAAAUAUUCCAAUUAGAGACACAUGCAUUUAAAUAACUCUGGCCUCAUGAAUGACAGACUGUACUCUACUGAAGAACAUAUGGUAAAUGAUAAUCCAGGUGGCCAGUGCAGCGUUUAAGCCACAUAUUUAUGAAAAAACAGCACCAGCAGCAAAACUGAACGUGAAACUCAUUCAUUUUAAAGAUUUGGUUCCCAUCUAGAGGAUGGUUUUAGCCACUGAGCUCCUCUCAUGGCGUGUUGCCACAGUAGGAGCGAGUAUGAAUGCACCAUUUACGUAAAGAUACAGUAUAUUUGCUGACAGUCACCUGAAAUUAUCUGCAGGAUGGUUUUGUUCUAAGAUGCCUGAAUGUUAAACAACUGUACUGUUGAGUCCACUUUUUGCUAAACCUUUUUCUCGACAUGAGUGUAAAUGAGAUUUGAAAAAAAAAAAAUUUUGAUGUGAUCGUACGUCUUGAUAAAGCAAACGCUACAUUGCUUAGUGUAUAUUAAAUGUAUUUUCAUACUUUGAUCAUUUGCUGCGCAUUCUAUUUCAGGGUGAGCUGGAUAAAUCAGCACAAUAUACAAAACACUCCCGUAGAUUAACUUCAGGACUUAUUCAGAAUUACUUUGAGACGCCUGCGUGAACUAGCUCCACAUUAUUCUCCUAUCGAGAAACAACUCAUGAAUCAGUGAAAGUACAAUACAGUAUGUCAUUGUCUGAAGUGUCACAUCAGGAUCUGCAAAUAAUUAAAUACAUUAAUAAUAAUACUCACAAAGCAAAGUAUUUUAUUCUUUAUAUAAGAGACUAAUGUUGACCUACACAGAGUUAAGUUACAGUAUAUUAAAGAGAAAUGUUUAAUCAGAGUUUGACUUUAUUUUCCAACAAUCAGCAAAUCCUUCAAUUAUAGAACUGGACAUUAGAGUCCUGUAUAUUUUAAAGCACUUUUUGUUGAAGCUAUCAAAAUAUGGACAAGACACUUUUAAAGGGGGAUUAUUUUCAUCAUCUACACGGGUUUCUGCCAAGUCUACUACAGGGAUUCAUCAUUAUUUCCAAAGCCUUGAUAUUUCCAGCGACACUGAAAAGCAGCUUGUAAGAGCUUGGUACUUUCUUGACCUUUUCACUGGACCUUAAACAGCAUCGUUUUACAUUCUAUGUUUGUACGCUUCAUUGUUACAGUAAAGUAAAGCUUACAAAUCUCCAGGAUCGCUUGCCAGUGUUUGAACAAUCUGUAAAAAGCCCCUGCCAUGGAUUCUGGGAGAUUACUGGCUCUGAAUGACAGGAGACGCAGGGGCUUUUCACUUUGUGUUCCUAAUGCAAGUACUGACGAGAUUAGUGCAACAAUAAAAGUGGUAUAUGAAGAA